AUGCCGCAGAAAGAGCAAAGCCCAUCCGUCCUCCGACAGGGUGACCUGGUGCUGGUGUCAGGAUGCAUCACGACCCUGGCUCCCGUGCAGAUGAAGGCGAACAUGGACGCAUCGAUUGGCUGGCUUCCGACAGGCUGGACACCUGAACGAAAGGUGCCGUUUACAGCACCAAUACACGUCUCCCGGUUUGAGGGCAUCCGGCGCUGUGGCACAACCAUCACCAUUGUACCACCAAAUCAGCGGGUGGGCUCGACUGCACCAGGAGCUCCCAAGGUUGUCUUAAGUGUAAACAAGAAUGCGGUGCCCAUGGUGUUACACCUGUCCGGGCUCGCCAUGUACUGUGGCCGAGAGGAACUGCAGGAACUUGAUCUCCGUCCGCAGCUCCAACGCGAAGUCGGGCGACAGUAUCACCGCGAUCUACACUUUCAGGACCGCCCAGCUUUGCGGCCCAGACAUUGUGAGGGUUCCACGACUGUCCAAGAUGAACGCGAGACACCAGGCUUCCAUCAAGUGGGCAGAAUCGUGUUGUUGCAGGGUUCCUUUGAUGCAAAUACCUUCGGCAUCGAGGCGCAGACAAUCGCAUUCUUGCCCGAAGGCUGCCGCCCUCUUCGGACCAUCCGCUGCCUGGCACCACUGCUCAAGAGGCGCCCAAACCAACAGGAGGGCGCUGACAUCGACCUUGAGCUCUUGGCAGAGGAGGCGGUUGCGGUGACUAUCCGCCCCGAUGGGCAAAUUGCUGUGGAAGGAGGCAACACACACGCCCUAGACAAGAAGGGCACCAUGCGAAUUGUUCAGCAGAAGAAGCGUGGCUUUAUUUACCUGGAUGGAGUGCGGUUCAUCCUUGACUCAGGCAUUCCGAUUGCGGCCGCCUUGGACAAAGAGAAGAAGGCACCUAGCAGAAUUUUUUGGGAGCAGGACGAUUCAAGUGGUGCGGUUGCCUUUCGACAGGGUAGCAUCGUCUGUUUGGAAGGGGCAUUGCGUUGGUCUGCAGAGAACAACACGCCACACCCACGCAGAGCCCUCGGCCGGCUUCCACGCGGCCAUUGGCCGGAGCGACGUGAGGUUUUCUUCACCCGCGGCCACAUGUUCGCAGAGGCAGAACGUUGCAGGGUUGAUGUAGACUGCCACGGCCGCAUCUUCUGUCCAGAGGGGGGGGCUGAACACGGGCACGUCAACCUGAGCGGAAUUAUCUUCAAGGCUGCAGACACUGAGCCGAAUCGCGAGCCGCAGUGCGAGGACUGGGACGAGCUCGUUGUGCAGUACAGUGCCGUCAAGCAGGUCUUUGAUGAGGGGCACAAACUCCUCGAGGACUUCAUCCGGCGUUGCAACAGAAAGGAGUGGGAGUAUGUGGAGCUCGCCAUCGCAAGGGAAAGCGGCGGCAAGAAGCUCCAAACUCCCUGGGGCCACGAGAUCGCGCCACGGGGGACGCGGCGGAUCAACGAGCAUAACCUGGAUGAUGACUAUCGAAUGCUAUGGGACAGGAAGCUCAGCAACGUGCUGGACGAGAAGUUUCAUAUCAAGAGCCCACAUCUUUUAUUCCACCUCUCCCUGCCAAAGCUGCAGUGGGUUUGCGACCUUCUUCGGAAACGUGAGGUGAGCUUGCGUGCGAUGGAUGAGGCAAACCUGAAGAGCACGCAUGCGAAACAUGCCGAACGCUGGGAGACAGAGAAGAACGGAGGGCUUCACUGCAAACACUUGAGAGACACAGCUGGACAAAUCGUCGAUCAAAUGGUGUCCAGAUGGGAUUUUGAUGCUCAAAUCUCUGGGAUACUGGCCAACGACUACCGGCCGCCGGAAUCGAUCAGAUCGUUAUAUCCGGUUCGCGUGGAAAGGGACGUCGGCAAGAUGCUUGCAAAGAUGACUCCGGAAGAUCACACGAAGUAUGCAGAGGUCUAUCAGUUCUUCAGGCACUUUGAGACGAAUGGAAACACCAUGACACACUGUAGCUUGAUGGGUACCCAGGAUACAUUCACUCAGACUGGCAAAUGGCAUUUCCCCGACAGUCCAAGCGUGCAGAAGCAACUUUUCGAGAACAUUGCAUGGCUCUAUGAGCGGGGCAUCUUCCACUACAUCUCCGAACGCCAGACAGCCAAGUUUCCAUUCAUCGAGGAUUUCGACAUCCAGGCCAGCCUCGACUGGACGGAGCAAAGAGACCCCGAUCAUCCCGAGCGACCACCACCGCCCGACCACCUCAUCAUGUUCAAACCGGGGCAGAACAACAACGACCCAGGGGAGUUAAUGCGCUGGCGCGCGAAAGCCAUCCACUGUCUGUUUCCGCAGCUCAAGGAGCUGCGCUGCCUUGUCUACUCUGCGUCAGGCUACAACAAGGGCAAGGAGCUUAUGAAGUCAUCGUUUCACUUGGUGUGGCCGGACUUGGUCGUGGAUUCAGAUGUCGCUGGGUAUCUCCGCGAAGUGACUCUGGAGAUUUUUCAGGAGGAGACGGCGAAACCGGGCUCGUAUCUUCGAGGGCUUAAAGAGGAACUCAUCCGGCUACAUGAUACGAACGAGUGGGAAGCUGUCUUUGACAAGACGACGAUCAGCGCUACCAACGGUCUUCGGCUCCCGUACAAUGACAAGGUGUCGCAGGUCUAUAAAUACGAUCACGAGAAGGAGAUGGUAAAGAACGGAGAGAUGGCCAAAAACAAGGCGCAGAAGAAGCGUGUGAAGGAGAACCGUUAUUCCAAAGCAAUUGGCGAACUCUUAUUCACUUUUGAAAGCGACGACCGGCGUGGUGGUGAGGUGGAUAGAAUUGCUUCAGUGAAGUGGCAGGAUACCAGAAGCAGAUCCAUUGCUCAGUGGAUUCAGAUGGGGUCAUGUCGCUUGGACAUGACCGACCCGGCAAGGACGCAGCAGACGCAGGUGUGCCCCACGACAGAUGGCAAGUACUAUCUUCGCAGGCUAAAGCGCGAAUAUGACCGUGAUCAGCGCGAGUUCACCCUUGACGUUGGAGAAGAUGAGGAUGAGUUUGCCACCCAUUACCCCUCGCCAAACGUAAGAUGUUGCAAGCUGUCAACGGCAAAGUUCACGGCCGUGUUCGACGAGCAUCUUGCCGGCGAGCUGGAGAAUCUGGAGGAGCUGGAGGCAGAGGCAUCCAAUAAAGAGCUCGCAAGGAUGCUCCGGGGAAGUUGGAUCAGCAUCACAGAGGAGCAGGCGAUUUGGAGAGGCCCGGCCGGCGUCCAGUGCAGGGCGAAGUGCAUGGGCUGGAUGCCCAAGUGGGCCCUCAAGAAUGACAGGAGAUCUAGUGCAGAACGCUUUCCAAGCAGACCACUGGAACUCGUCUACAUGCGAAGCAGAGGAAAGGUUCUGGUAGAUGGACCACGGGAUCCACGGCGCUUGCUGCUCGACGUGUUGAGGAGCUGCACCGACAGGGAUGACGUUCCGAUCGUCCCACGCUAUGACCGCGUUGCCUAUCUCAAGGCCUUACUUUACAAGAGUGAUGGUGGAAUGCCAGCUGGAUGCAUGCCCGUGGAAUCGGAGGAGUCGAAGGUCGCAGAGCUGAAAGCACAGCUUGAGGAGGUGAAGCAGCGCGCGGAAACGCAGCGACAAGAUACGGAGAAGCAGCAGGAGGAGUCUUCAAGGCUGGCCAAAGAUUUGCAAGCCCAACUUGAAGCAGCCAAAGACAAGCUGAAGACGGACGAGGAAGUUGCCAGGACCCAUGCUCUCCUCGAAGCCGAGAAGGCGAAAAGUGCAGAGUGUGAGGUCGCCAGGGAGAAAGCGCAGAAAGUCAUCGAACAGAUGCAGAAGGAGGCAUCCGAUACUAAGAAUGCUCAGAGUGAAGAACGCAGCAAGCUUCUUCAAGAGCAUGCUUCCUUGGUGGACAAGAUGACCAAGGAUUUGGAGGCGUCCCGCACAGAAGCGCAGCAAGACAAGGAAGGCGCGCGCUUGGCCAGAGAGGCCGAGCAGCGCGCGAUGCAGCUGAAAGAAGCCUCUGAACAGCGGUUGGCUGAGUUGACGGGCCGAUUCGCAACCGAGCGUGGCAAGUUGGAGGACGCGCUUCGCGAGGAGAAGAAAAAGUCUGAGAGCACUGCCCAGGAAAUGGCGAAGGUACAGGCGCAGCUAAAAGACGCUGAAGCCGCCGCCGCGAAAUCCAAGGAGGCAGAGUCGGCGCGGUGCCUGUGCGAGUCAGCCUUGGCAAAGGCCAAGUCGCAGGUGGAGGAUUUGCAGGACAAGUUGCAGAUCCUCCAGGCAGAACGGGACGAGUUGUCCAAGAAGCUCCAAAACGCGGUGCCGAAGUCGAGCUUACCGCCAGGCUGCAAGGAUGUGGCGGACCUGGUGCGCCAAGUCACCACUUCCCGUGAAGAAGCGACUUCGGAGCGCCGGGCACGCGAGCAGUACCAGCAGGCCUUGGGUAAAGUCGAGAAAGAGAUCAACCACCGCCUGCCGAUGAUCGUCGGCCAGAGGCAGGAGAUCGAGCGCUUCAAAGCGCAGGCUGCGAAGCUGACGAAGCAGAACGAGGAUCUGCUGACCCAAGCUGCAGAGCUGAAAGCGCAGAGCUGUGAAGCCGAGGAACGAGCUACGAAGGCCGCCGAAUCCAAGAAGAUGAUUGAAGACUAUGCCAGAGACGUGGCCAAUCAGCUGGCAGUCCUCCUGCACGAGAACCGCAAGCUGACUGGAGCCAUUCCUUCUUCUGAGGUGAACACGAUGCAGGCCCAGGAGGCGAACCGGAGGUCCUACCGCACAGUGCAGGAGCUCGUGGAUCAGAAUCUCUCCCUGCGCCACGCCAUCACACAGCUCUUGCGCGAGUCUCAGGAGGAAAGGAAAGAGAUGCAGAUGGCCAAUGAGCGUGAGAAGCAGCUGGAGAAGAGGCUAAAGGAGCAAGAGGCGCACUACUCUGGGGUGGUCGAGGAGCAGAAAGCCCAACUCCGCAAGACGGAACAGGAGAGAGACGGAGCUAAGGAAGAGGCCAAGGAGGCAUUGAAGCAGAAAGAAGCAGCGGCAAAAGCGCAGCAGGCGCAGCUGGAUGCCGAGCAGAAGAUGCUAAAGCACGAGCGCAGCAAGAACGAAGCCCUUAGCAAGGCACGCGAGGAGCUGGAGAAGACAGUCAAGGAGAAGGACCGGCAAGCACAAGAAGCCGCCAGAAAGGCGCAGGAAGACCUUGAGAAGGAAGGCAAAGAGAAGGAGCGGCAAGCUAAUGAAGCCGGCGAAAAGCACGCCGAGCUCAACAAGAAGAUCACGCAGCUCGAGGCGCAGCUGGCGGAGGAGCGCGGCAAGAUGCAGGGCGUGGUUAAGGCACGUGACGACCUGGCCAAGGAAGCAAAAGAGCAGGAAAAGCGGGCUAAAGCCAGCGAAGGUUUGAAGCAGCUGCAUAUUCAGCGUAUCGACUCGCUGACUGCGGAGUUAGAGUCUGAGCAGAAGAUGCUCAGAGAUGAGCGUGGGAAGACCGAGGCGCUGACCAAGGCUCGCGAAAACCUCGAGAAGGAAGCAAAGGACAAGGAACGGCAAGCUCAAGAAGCGGGCUCCCAGCACUCCGAACUCCACAAGAAAAUAGCUCAGCUGGAGGCGAAUGUGCAGGAGGAGCGAAGCAAGAUCCAAACCGUGAGCAAGGCACGUGACGACAUGGAGAGGGAAGCAAAGGAGCAGGAGAAGCGGAAUAAAGCCGGUGAGGGUCUGAGGCAGCUGCACGCGAAGCGCGUAGCAGUGCUGGAGGCCGAGAAAGCCAAGCUGACCGAAGAGAACGCCAAGCUCAGGGUUGACGUGGCAAAGCGGGCUCCCGAAGCUCCAGACCUCAAGGCUGUUCAGAAGCAAGCAGACCUGGCAGUACACAUGUGCAUGGAGUACAGGAAGGCUGUGGAAGCUUUGCUCCCUCUGCUAUCGGAGGCCGAGAAGGCUCACGAGAAGUCGCCCGCUGAGAUCAGGCAACAAGCCCCGGGCGGGAAGGCGGCACAGGCACCAGGGGCCUCACCAAGUGCCUCGGGCACGAAGCGCAAGGCCGAAAGUCCCACGCGCGUGGGCUCGGAACAGCCCAAGAAGGCCAGCGUGCCGAGAGUGGAAGAGAAAAGGCCAGAAGAGCAAGGCCAGCCAGUGGUGUCCGCUGCGUCGGAGGCUCCUCCUACGGCUGCAGGAGCUGGUUCUUCUGUUCCUGCUGGACCCGUCCCUGCUGGCAAGGUGGAACCAGCGGCACCGUCGUCGUCUCCGUCCCCUCCGGCCGGCGAGAAGAUCAAGGACACAUCCAGCGAGAAGAAGCAGUCACCGCAGCCUCCCGCGCCCAAAGAGGCCGCCGCCAACCAGGGCAUGGCACAGGAUCCUGGACCAGGGGUGAAAGGGGCAGGCGCCGCCGAUUCCCGCCCCCUCUUGGACCUGUUUGCGGUGCAUCGCCUAGCAAGAUGCGCAGUCGUGUGUCGUUGGCGAUGGGAGGUGGAGGCCCCGAUCCCAGCCUCGGCGGAUGAUAAGGUCAAGACGGCCCAGGAGACAUCACCCGACGAGGCAAAGCAGAGUGCCGUGCCCAAAGAGGCCGAGGCAAGCCGCAGCGGGUGCUACGGGCGAGACCGCUCAGAGCUCCGUGGUCAGACUCCGAGAGAGCAGCUUUUUGCUCGAAAGAUGCUGCGAAUUUUUCUCAACUCUGAGCAGCAUGGUAGGAAUGGUCUGAGGAGGCGUGCAGAGCUCGCAUUUUCUUGCAUAGAGCAGUUGCUAGCUUUCCUUGUGCUUUUCUUGGGACAGCUGCCGCCACGGCAGGCCGUCAUCCCGGCCGUGGCACAAGAUCCUGGACCAGAGGUGAAAGAACCAGGCAGGGACGGGCGCUUCCGUCAGACACUCAGUACGACGGACUGGACACCUACCUUGCUUGUGGACCUUGUGAAGUGCAUGGUCAUGCGACGCCUAAGGCAGCACCUGAGUUGGGUGCUGCACCUGUCCCCGCGGGCAAGGCGCCUCCGAUUCCCGCCCCCUCUUGGACCUGUUUGCGGUGCAUCGCCUAGCAAGAUGCGCGGUCGUGUGUCGUUGGCGAUGGGAGGUGGAGGUAGCUGCCUCCGCAUCUUCUCCACCGGAAGCAGCCUGGCACCUGGGCAUGUAGGUGCUUUGCAGCCGGAAACGUUGCGUUUACUUCCAGCAUGUGAAGCCUCCUUGCUUGAGGCCCCGAUCCCAGCCUCGGCGGAUGAUAAGGUCAAGACGGCCCAGGAGACAUCACCCGACGAGGCAAAGCAGAGUGCCGUGCCCAAAGAGGCCGAGGCCAUCAUCCCGGCCGUGGCACAAGAUCCUGGACCAGAGGUGAAAGAACCAGGCGCCUCCGAUUCCCGCCCCCUCUUGGACCUGUUUGCGGUGCAUCGCCUAGCAAAGAUGCGUGGUCGCGUGUCGUUGGCGAUGGGAGGUGGAGGUAGCUGCCUCCGCAUCUUCUCCACCGGAGGCAGCCUGGCACCUGGGCAUGUAAGUGCUUUACAGCAGAAACAUUUACUUCCAGCAUGUGAAGCCUCCUUGCUUGAGGCCCCGAUCCCAGCCUCGGCGGAUGACAAGGUCAAGACGGCCCAGGAGACAUCACCCGACGAGGCAAAGCAGAGUGCCGUGCCCAAAGAGGCCGAGGCAGCGGGUGCUACGGGCGAGACCGCUCAGAGCUCCGUGGUCAGACCCACUAGCCCAGAGCAGCCGAAGGAGGCCAUCAUCCCGGCCGUGGCACAAGAUCCUGGACCAGAGGUGAAAGAACCAGGCGCCUCCGAUUCCCGCCCCCUCUUGGACCUGUUUGCGGUGCAUCGCCUAGCAAAGAUGCGUGGUCGCGUGUCGUUGGCGAUGGGAGGUGGAGGUAGCUGCCUCCGCAUCUUCUCCACCGGAGGCAGCCUGGCACCUGGGCAUGUAAGUGCUUUACAGCAGAAACAUUUACUUCCAGCAUGUGAAGCCUCCUUGCUUGAGGCCCCGAUCCCAGCCUCGGCGGAUGACAAGGUCAAGACGGCCCAGGAGACAUCACCCGACGAGGCAAAGCAGAGUGCCGUGCCCAAAGAGGCGGAGGCAGCGGAUGCUACGGGCGAGACCGCUCAGAGCUCCGUGGAAUGGUCUGAGGCCGGGCAAGCUGGAGCCGAGAGCACAGGACCCACUAGCCCAGAGCAGCCGAAGGAGGCCAUCAUCCCGGCCGUGGCACAAGAUCCUGGACCAGAGGUGAAAGAACCAGGGACGGGCGCUUCCGCAACAUUUGAGUUGGGUGCUGCACCUGUCCCCGCGGGCAAGGUGGAGGUAGCUGCCUCCUCAUCUUCUCCAUCUGCGACAGCACCGAUCCCAGCCUCGGCAGAUGUUGAGGCAAUGGAUGCUACGGGCGAAGCCUCUCACAGCUCUGCGGCCGAGAGCAGAAGACCUGCGAGCUCAGAAGAGCCGAAGGAGGCCAACGUGGCGGCCGCGGCGCAGGAGCCUGCGCCAGCCAAGGCCUCGCGCGCCGAGGGCGUGAAGCGCAAGGCCGAGAACCCCGGGCCUCUGCGUUUGGACCAGCUGAAGGAGGCCAACAUCCAGGCGAUGGUGCAGGAGCGUGCGCCCAAGGCCGUGCGGAGCGAAGGUGCUGGAUCGGCCGCGGCUCAAGUCGUCGUGGACGACGACGACGCUACCGAAGCUCCGCCAGUAGCUCCGAUCCCUGCGGCGGAUGAUGAGGCAAAGCAGAGUGCCGUGCCCAAAGAGGCCGAGGCAGCGGGUGCUACGGGCGAAACCGCUCAGAGCUCCGUGGCUGAGCAACUUAGUGCCGAGAGCAAAGGACCUGCGAGCCCAGCAGAGCCCAAGGAGGCCAACGUGGCGGCCGCGGCGCAGGAGCCUGCGCCAGCCAAGGCCUCGCACGCCGAGGGCGUGAAGCGCAAGGCCGCGACCCCUGGGCCUCUGCGUUUGGACCAGCUGAAGGAGGCCAACAUCCAGGCCAUGGUGCAGGAGCGCGCGCCCAAGGCCGAGCGAAGCGAAGGUGCUGGAUCGGCCGCGGCUCAAGUCGUCGUGGACGACGACGACGCUGCCGAAGCUGCACCAGCAAACUGCCCGGCCUGUGGCAACGUUUUCAUGGACGACUCGCUGUUCUGCCGGAAGUGUGGCCGCAAACGCGACGAGAACUGCCCGGCUUGUGGCAACGUUUUCAUGGACGACUCGCUGUUCUGCCGGAAGUGUGGCCGCAAACGUGACGAGGUAGCGGAUGCCACGGGCGAAGCUUCUCACAGCUCUGCAGCUGAGCAAGCUAGAGCCGAGAGCACAGGACCUGCGAGCCCAGCAGAGCCGAAGCAGGCCAACGCGGCGGCCGUGGCGCAGGAGCCUGCGCCAGCCAAGGCCUCGCACGCCGAGGGCGUGAAGCGCAAGGCCGCGACCCCUGGGCCUCUGCGUUUGGACCAGCUGAAGGAGGCCAACAUCCAGGCCAUGGUUCAGGAGCGCGCGCCCAAGGCCGCGCGGAGUGAAGGUGCUGAAUCGGCCGCCUCUGUCCCAGUCGUGGUUGACGUGGUGGACGAUGCCGCCGAAACUCCGCCCGCAGCACCAGCAUCUUGA